AUGAAGAAACUACAACUACAACAGAAAGCACUGACAGACAACACCAAAAGUAACACCGUUCUUCUGUCAACUACUACUUCAACACUGUUUGUUACAGAAAGCACUGAAGAACCGACUGUCACCACUGGUACUCCCGUGAAAAGUACUUCAACACCGUUUGUUACAGAAAGCACUGAAGAACCGACUGUCACUACUGGUACUCCCGAGAAAAGUACUUCAACACCGUUUGUUAUAGAAAGCACUGAAGAACCGACUGUCACCACUGGUACUCCCGAGAAAAGUACUUCAACACCGUUUGUUAUAGAAAGCACUAAAGAACCGACUGUCACUACUGGUACUCCCGAGAAAAGUACUUCAACACCAUUUGUUACAGAAAGCACUGAAGAACAGACUGUUACCACUGGUACUCCGGUGAAAAGUACUUCAACACCGUUUGUUACAGAAAGCACUGAAGAACCGACUGUCACCACUGGUACUCCCAAGAAAAGUACUUCAACACUUUUACAUUAUGUGAACGUAAAAGUUCAAAAUGAUUAUGGUAAUGAUGUUGAUGUACGAACGAACUCUGAAAUUUUUGAUGAUUUUGUUGUUGAAGAAGGAUCACAGUUUGAAGUGAACAGAACAAGUUUUUCCGAUGUGCCCUUUAUUCUUAGAGUCUUUGAUCGUCGUGAUGGCAUUCCUGUUAUUAUAGAUGAGAAUAAUUAUGUUGUUAUACACCCGACUGUUUCGAAGGAUUAUAUUUACAAAAUAUUAGUGAAACCGGGCGAGAAGAAAUUUUACGUUGUUUUCUUGAUUGUAAAUAAUCACGGAGAUGAUAUUGUGGUGUCUACCGAACUUCCUGGAUCAUCAGGGGAAAUACCAAUUAAAACUGGUACUACUUUUGUUGUCAGUGAACAACCUAGCAACGACAAUCCUAUUGCUGUAACAGCAAUUGACUCAAAGAGCUCUAGGGAACUAAACAUUAAUGGUGAAAGAAGUGUUGAAAUCAAGCCUAGUUCUAUGUUUGGUGCAUCAUUUCAAGUUUUGUUUGUUGGCACAGUAAUUCCUGCUCCCACAUUUGCUCCUGGCACGAAGGUGUAUUUCGUUUCUUUCAUCAUUUCGAACACAUAUGGUUACAACAUUAACCUUAAAUCUAACCUAAGGAACCCUUUUAAUGAUCUGGUUAUCAUUAAUGGUCAAACAGUUAGUUUAGAAGUGAAAGUGUCGAAUGCAGAACCUAUUAUGUUCGAGGCAUUUGUCCCAGAGAUUGGCGAAACAAUUAAAAUCAACGGUGUCAUAAAGUACAAUCUACGUCCAAAAGAAAACUCGGGCAAUUUCACCAUUUUAAGCCUAGAGGAAAAUCCCGCAUUGUUUAAACCCCAACCAACAAGUUUAAAAACAACACCAGUGAUUGCAAAAACAACUGGGACUCCAGAUGUUAAAGAGAAGUACUUUGUCAAUGUUACCAUUGUGAACGAACAUCAUGGACAGAUUAGGGUUAUAACUACUCAUCCUCAGUACGGUUUAUUCGACAUGAAUAAGAACGAACGGUUCCACAUUGUAUACGAGAGUGACACUUACUCAGAGUUUUACAUCACAGCGUUUCAUAAUUUCCAGACAAUCACAAUAAAUGGAACGGCUUCAGCUUUGAUAUCAAGUACAACUUCAAGUAUUCCAUUAAUUUAUUAUGUUCCCGAGUUUAAUGAGAGCGCGAUCGUAAGUACAACAGUUAUCAUAGAAACCAAACCAACAUCUACCACCAGCACUGAAAAGAGUAAAGCCCCAGUUGUUGGUCCUGGGGUAACAGAACCUACAAAUACUACAACAUUCGAAAGCACUGACGCUCCUUCCGAGAAAAAUACUUCAACACCGUUUGUUACUGAAAGCACUAAAGAACCUACUGUCACCACUGGUACUCCCGAGAAAAGUACUUCAACACCGUUUGUUACAGAAAGCACUAAACAACCGACUGUCACCACUGGUACUCCCGAGAAAAGUACUUCAACACCGUUUGUUACAGAAAGAACUGAAGAACCGACUAUCACCACUGGUACUCCCGAGAAAAGUACUUCAACACCGUUUGUUACAGAAAGCACUGAAGAACCGACUGUCACCACUGGUACUCCCGUGAAAAGUUCUUCAACACCGUUUGUUACAGAAAGCACUGAAGAACCGACUGUCACCACUGGUACUCCGGUGAAAAGUACUUCAACACCGUUUGUUACGAAAAGCACCGAAAAACCGACUGUCACCACUGGUACUCCCGAGAAAAGUACUUCAACACCGUUUGUUACGAAAAGCACUGAAAAACCGACUGUCACCACUGUUCAAAAUGAUUAUGGUAAUGAUGUUGAUGUACGAACGAACUCUGAAAUUUUUGAUGAUUUUGUUGUUGAAGAAGGAUCACAGUUUGAAGUGAACAGAACAAGUUUUUCCGAUGUGCCCUUUAUUCUUAGAGUCUUUGAUCGUCGUGAUGGCAUUCCUGUUAUGAUAGAUGACAAUAAUUAUGUUGUUAUACACCCGACUGUUUCGAAGGAUUAUAUUUACAAAAUAUUAGUGAAACCGGGCGAGAAGAAAUUUUACGUUGUUUUCUUGAUUGUAAAUAAUCACGGAGAUGAUAUUGUGGUGUCUACCGAACUUCCUGGAUCAUCAGGGGAAAUACCAAUUAAAACUGGUACUACUUUUGUUGUCAGUGAACAACCUAGCAACGACAAUCCUAUUGCUGUAACAGCAAUUGACUCAAAGAGCUCUAGGGAACUAAACAUUAAUGGUGAAAGAAGUGUUGAAAUCAAGCCUAGUUCUAUGUUUGGUGCAUCAUUUCAAGUUUUGUUUGUUGGCACAGUAAUUCCUGCUCCCACAUUUGCUCCUGGCACGAAGGUGUAUUUCGUUUCUUUCAUCAUUUCGAACACAUAUGGUUACAACAUUAACCUUAAAUCUAACCUAAGGAACCCUUUUAAUGAUCUGGUUAUCAUUAAUGGUCAAACAGUUAGUUUAGAAGUGAAAGUGUCGAAUGCAGAACCUAUUAUGUUCGAGGCAUUUGUCCCAGAGAUUGGCGAAACAAUUAAAAUCAACGGUGUCAUAAAGUACAAUCUACCUCCAAAAGAAAACUCGGGCAAUUUCACCAUUUUAAACCUAGAGGAAAAUCCCGCAUUGUUUAAACCGCAACCAACAAGUAUAAAAACAACACCAGGUAAAAAGUCCAUUGUUUCGGUGCAAAAUCUUGCUUUUCGAGAAACAUCAAGACGUUUAGAUACGAUGAUUGCAAAAACAACUGGGACUCCAGAUGUUAAAGAGAAGUACUUUGUCAAUGUUACCAUUGUGAACGAACAUCAUGGACAGAUUAGGGUUAUAACUACUCAUCCUCAGUACGGUUUAUUCGACAUGAAUAAGAACGAACGGUUCCACAUUGUAUACGAGAGUGACACUUACUCAGAGUUUUACAUCACAGCGUUUCAUAAUUUCCAGACAAUCACAAUAAAUGGAACGGCUUCAGCUUUGAUAUCAAGUACAACUUCAAUUCAAAAUGAUUAUGGUAAUGAUGUUGAUGUACGAACGAACUCUGAAAUUUUUGAUGAUUUUGUUGUUGAAGAAGGAUCACAGUUUGAAGUGAACAGAACAAGUUUUUCCGAUGUGCCCUUUAUUCUUAGAGUCUUUGAUCGUCGUGAUGGCAUUCCUGUUAUUAUAGAUGAGAAUAAUUAUGUUGUUAUACACCCGACUGUUUCGAAGGAUUAUAUUUACAAAAUAUUAGUGAAACCGGGCGAGAAGAAAUUUUACGUUGUUUUUUUGAUUGUAAAUAAUCACGGAGAUGAUAUUGUUGUGUCUACCGAACUUCCUGGAUCAUCAGGGGAAAUACCAAUUAAAACUGCUCCCACAUUUGCUCCUGGCACGAAGGUGUAUUUCGUUUCUUUCAUCAUUUCGAACACAUAUGGUUACAACAUUAACCUUAAAUCUAACCUACGGAACCCUUUUAAUGAUCUGGUUAUCAUUAAUGGUCAAACAGUUAGUUUAGAAGUGAAAGUGUCGAAUGCAGAACCUAUUAUGUUCGAGGCAUUUGUGCCAGAGAUUGGCGAAACAAUUAAAAUCAACGGUGUCAUAAAGUACAAUCUACGUCCAAAAGAAAACUCGGGCAAUUUCACCGUUUUAACCCUAGAGGAAAAUCCCGCAUUGGUUAAACCGCAACCAACAAGUAUAAAAACAACACCAGGUAAAAAGUUCAUUGUUUCGGUGCAAAAUCUUGCUUAUCCAGAAACAUCAAGACGUUUAGAUACGAGUAAAAUGAGUGAUGUAAUGAGCGAUGUAAAAUAUUUGAUUUUUGAAAGAAGUUAG